GCUUCAUGAUCAACUCCUGACUGCCUGGCUUUGACACCACUCAUGCAGUAGUGCAGCCAGACAUAGAUGUGGGAAGCCUGUGGCUCAGCUCCCCACUCAAGUAGUGACAGCAUCGUGAAGUAGUGCUCGUCAGGGAGCUCACUACACACAUUGUCUGCUGUCUGAGCUUGUAACAGACAAAUCCAUAACUGUCAUUAUGGACUGACAUUCUUCACUCAUGAGCGCUUCCCGUUAUCUUGUUCUCUCCACCCAGCAAAGCUAAACUCUGUGCACAGACGUGUAAGGACAGACAACUCUGUUUUGUGUACAGGUGUCCAUACUGUCUAGGACAAGAAUGAGAACUGGGUGGAGCUGUGCCUCCUCCUCCCCAGGGCACUCGGAUUUGGUGAGCUUUGAGGACGUGGCUGUGCACUUCACGCAGGAUGAGUGGGCUUUGCUGGAUUCUUCCCAGAAGAGUCUGUACAGAGAUGUGAUGCUGGAGACCUGCAGGAGCCUCGCUGCCAUAGGGUAUAUAUGGGAAGAACAGAAUGUUGAAGAUGACUGCAAAACUUUUGGAAGAAUUCAAAGGCAUAUCAUAUCUGAUUCUGAAUACUUACUGGAUGAGCAGGAGGGAUAUGGAAACAAGCCAUAUGAUUCUAGUUCUCUCACAAGUACUCAAGGAUGCGUGGGAACGCACACUGUGAAUGGACCUUGUGAAUGUGAGGUAUGUUUAAAAUCCUUUGGUUUUCCAAGUACAUUUGGAAUAUAUCACCAACCCCACAGUGGACAAAACUUUUAUGACUACAAGGAAUGUGGAAAGGCUUCUGGUUAUCACAGUUCAUUUUAUACACAUGGAGGAACUGACACUGUAAGAAAAUGUUAUUCGUGUAACCAGUGUGGGAAAGCUCUGAGUUCUUCCAGUUCCCUUCAAAGGCAUGAGAGGAUUCACACAGGAGAGAGGCCCUAUAAAUGUCAGCAGUGUGGGAAAGCUCUGAGUUCUUCCACGUCACUUCAAAGGCAUGAGAGGAUUCACACAGGAGAGAGACCCUAUAAAUGUCAGCAGUGUGAGAAAGCCUUUAGAUGUCACAGUGCCCUUCAGUUACACGAAAGAAUUCAUACUGGUGAAAAACCCUAUGAAUGUCAGCAGUGUGGGAAAGCCUUCACAUGUCACAGUUACCUUCGAUUACAUGAGAGGACUCAUACCGGAGAGAAACCCUAUGAAUGUAAGCAAUGUGGGAAAGCCUUCAGAUGUCAAACUUCCUAUCAUAGACAUAAAAUUAUUCAUGGUGGAGAAACAUUCUAUGAAUGUAAGCAGUGUAGUAGGCUCUUCAUUUAUCCCUCUUUACUUCAAAUGCAUGAACGAACUCACACGAGUGAAAGGCCAUAUAAAUGUAAGGAGUGUGGUAAGUCCUUCCUUUAUCCCUCUUUACUUCAAAUGCAUGAACGAACUCACACUGGUGAAAAGCCCUAUGAGUGUAAGCAAUGCGGUACAGCCUUUAGACAUCAUUCUUCCCUUCGGCUGCACGAAAGAACUCACACAGGAGAGAAGCCCUAUGGAUGCCAGCAGUGUGGGAAAGCCUUCACUCGUCACACUUCCCUUCGGUUACAUGAGAUAACUCACACUGGAGAGAAACCUUACAAAUGUAAAGAAUGUGGGAAAGCCUUCAGGCAUCACUCUUCUCUUCGAUUGCAUGGAAGAAAUCAUAGUGGAGAGAAACCCUAUGAAUGUAAACAAUGUGAUAAAGCCUUUAUACGGUACAGUUACCUUCGAUUACAUGAACGCACGCACACAGGAGAAAAACCUUACGAAUGCAAACAAUGUGGGAAAGCCUUUAGCCGUCACAGUUCCUUUCAGAGACAUAAAUCUAUUCAUGCUGUGGAAAACCCCUAUGAGUGUCAGCAGUAUCUAAUUCCUUUACCCUUGUUUCCUCCAAAUACAUCAGACAACUCAUACUGGUGAGAAACACUAUGAAUGUGAACAGUGCUAGAGUGUUUAUUCUUAUCCAGUGAAAGCACAUGUAAGAACAGAAGCUGUCACAGGAUAAGCCUUCUCCACAUAAAUGGUAUGGUUUAGACGGCAGAGGCACAAACGAAUGCAUGCCGGGCACAGUAUCUACAAAUGUAAGCAGCGUGUGGCAAGCUGCCUUUCACGGAAGGAAGUGAAUUCAUGUUGGGAAUGCCUUAUGAAUGGGAGCAGUAUGGUUAGUCCUUUACCCCUGUUUGCUUCAAACCUGAAACACUUAAGGUGCAAAAUGCUGUGACUGUCAGCAGCUGCAGCCUUCCAGAGUUGCAGGUCCCUUUGGUGUCAUGAAGGACAUCUUACUGGAGGAAAAAACCCUUGCUGUUUAGGGGUCAUUGCUCCCAUAGAUUACAUGAACAACUUCUGUUGGAAACAAUGUCUGUGAGUGGCAACAAAGUUGUAAUACCUUCAAGCUCAGCUCCUUUCAGAGAUGUACAAAUACUAAUGGUGGGACAGAGCCUAUACAGAGAAAAAUGGUUUAAGUUUUGGUUGUCAGUAAAUAGACCUUUCUGUCAAUAGUGCAGCUAUCUGUAAGUUGCCCAUGCUCAAUAAGCCCAAUUAAAGUCAGUGGCUCCCCAGGC